GAUUGUCAUCCCUCGCCCCACACAGGACCUUCUCCCCCCAGUGUUCCCACCUCGUCCUAGCCCCAUCUCCAGACUGUCACAGGGAUCCUCUGCCCCCAAACCCCCCGACCUCCAUCGGGCUAGCGCCUCCGCUGCCCGCAGGAAGACGCGCGGCCCGGCACCGGGUUAGCCCCGUGGGAACGGUGAUCGGUCUGAGCCCCUUGGGGAAGCUUCCGGAGCGUAGCCUGGGCCCAGCCCACCGGCCCCGGCAGCSAUGGCGGGCACCCUGGACCUCGACAAGGGCUGCACAGUGGAGGAGCUGCUCCGCGGCUGCAUCGAAGCCUUUGAUGACUCCGGGAAGGUGCGGGACCCGCAGCUGGUACGCAUGUUCCUCAUGAUGCACCCCUGGUACAUCCCCUCCUCUCAGCUGGCUGCAAAACUGCUCCACAUCUACCAACAAUCCCGGAAGGACAACUCCAAUUCACUGCAGGUGAAAACUUGCCAUCUGGUCAGGUACUGGAUCUCAGCAUUCCCAGCAGAGUUUGACUUGAACCCAGAGUUGGCUGAGCAGAUCAAGGAGCUGAAGGCUCUGCUAGACCAAGAAGGAAACAGGCGGCACAGCAGCCUCAUCGACAUCGAGAGCGUCCCCACCUACAAGUGGAAGCGCCAGGUGACCCAGCGGAACCCCGUGGGACAGAAAAAGCGCAAGAUGUCCCUGUUGUUCGACCACCUGGAGCCCCUGGAGCUGGCGGAGCACCUCACCUACUUGGAGUAUCGCUCCUUCUGCAAGAUCCUGUUCCAGGACUACCACAGUUUCGUGACUCAUGGCUGCACCGUGGACAACCCCGUCCUAGAGCGAUUCAUCUCCCUCUUCAACAGUGUCUCGCAGUGGGUGCAGCUUAUGGUCCUCAGCAAGCCCACAGCUCCUCAGCGGGCGCUGGUCAUCACACAUUUCGUCCACGUGGCUGAGAAGCUGCUCCAGCUGCAGAACUUCAACACUCUGAUGGCAGUGGUUGGGGGCCUGAGCCACAGUUCCAUCUCCCGCCUCAAGGAGACCCACAAUCACGUUGGCCCUGAAACCAUCAAGCUCUGGGAAGGUCUGACGGAACUAGUGACAGCUACAGGCAACUACGGUAACUACCGGCGCCGGCUGGCAGCCUGCGUGGGCUUCCGCUUCCCCAUCCUGGGCGUCCACCUCAAGGACCUGGUGGCCCUGCAGCUGGCACUGCCUGACUGGCUGGACUCUGCUCGGACCCGGCUCAAUGGGGCCAAGAUGAAACAGCUUUUCAGCAUCCUGGAGGAGCUGGCCAUGGUGACCAGCCUGCGGCCUCCYGUGCAGGCCAACCCUGACCUGCUGAGCUUGCUCACGGUAUCUCUGGAUCAGUAUCAGACGGAGGAUGAGCUGUACCAGCUGUCUCUGCAGCGGGAACCACGCUCCAAGUCCUCGCCAACUAGCCCUACCAGCUGCACCCCACCUCCCCGGCCCCCAGUGCUAGAGGAGUGGACUUCGGCCGCCAAGCCCAAGCUGGACCAGGCCCUUGUGGUGGAGCACAUAGAGAAGAUGGUGGAGUCUGUGUUCCGGAACUUUGAUGUCGAUGGGGACGGCCACAUCUCACAAGAAGAGUUCCAGAUCAUCCGCGGCAACUUCCCUUAUCUCAGCGCCUUUGGGGACCUGGACCAGAACCAGGAUGGCUGCAUUAGCCGGGAGGAGAUGGUCUCCUACUUCCUGCGCUCCAGCUCGGUGCUAGGAGGCCGCAUGGGCUUCGUACACAACUUCCAGGAAAGCAACUCGUUGCGCCCUGUCGCCUGCCGCCACUGCAAGGCCCUGAUCCUGGGCAUCUACAAGCAGGGCCUCAAAUGUCGAGCCUGUGGGGUGAACUGCCACAAGCAGUGCAAGGACCGCCUGUCAGUGGAGUGCCGUCGCAGGGCCCAGAGUGUGAGCCUGGAGGGCUCUGCACUCUCCCCCUCCCCGACGCACACCCACCACCGGGCCUUCAGCUUCUCCCUGCCUCGCCCUGGAAGGCGCGGCUCCCGGCCCCCAGAGAUCCGAGAGGAGGAGGUGCAGGCAGUGGAGGAUGGUGUGUUUGACAUCCACCUGUAAAGAUGCUGUGACUGUAUCAAGGACUCAUUCCUGCCUCGAGAAAAUAUUUGGACCAGAGCAGGGAGCCUGGGGUUCUGGGGCUUGGUGUGAGGGUGGCAUGUACUGAGGGCAGGGUGGGGACAGUGUCCCUAAGGUUGUACAGACUCUUGUGAAUAUUUGUAUUUCCAGAUGGAAUAAAAAGGCCCGUGUAAUCAACCU